CCUCGGUGGAGCGAGGGGCCGGGAAGCGGGAAGGAGGAAAGGGCGGACCUAGCGGUGGGGCGGAGGAGGAGGCGGCUCUUGGCCGGGUGCUCUCCCCGCCUCGGCCCCACCCACAAGGGGAAGAGUAAGAGCCUGGUGUUGGGGUGUCAACUCGGGAGCCUUCGCCUGUGACGCCACCACCAUUUUGCAGCCAGCCUGAAGAACUGGUUGAAGGACAAAGAGACAAAUUGCUGGACAUUGCUCCUAGCUUCCGUGGCAUCAGCGCUUGAUGUUUGCGUCAUUUCCGGGCGGCGCGCGACGGAGCCGCCAACGGGCUGCAGAGCAACAUGCCUAAGUUUUAUUGUGACUACUGCGAUACGUACCUCACCCAUGACUCCCCGUCUGUGAGAAAGACACACUGCAGUGGUAGGAAACAUAAAGAGAAUGUGAAAGACUACUACCAGAAAUGGAUGGAAGAGCAAGCUCAGAGCCUGAUUGACAAAACAACGGCUGCGUUCCAACAAGGAAAGAUACCUCCUACUCCAUUCUCCGCUCCUCCCCCGGCAGGGGCCAUGAUCCCGCCUCCACCCAGUCUCCCGGGUCCUCCUCGCCCUGGUAUGAUGCCAGCACCGCAUAUGGGAGGCCCUCCCAUGAUGCCAAUGAUGGGCCCGCCUCCUCCCGGGAUGAUGCCAGUGGGACCUGGUUCUCAGCAUGGGCCUCCUGCUCACCUUUCCUACAACUCCGAACAAACGCUUAGUGGUAAGAUUGUCCUCUGUGCCUGUGUACAUUCAUGCAAUAGCUCCUGGUUAUAUGGUGGAUAUAACUGGUUAAAAGAGCUGACUGAAUAACAUGUGACUUAGUUGUGAAUUUCCCUAACGGAGAAAAAAGGUCAGUUUAGGGAACUAGUGUCCCUGGUGGUUUCUCAAAAGCAGUCUAUUUAUAGUUUCCCUUUACUCUCAUUAAGAUCAUGAUUCCCACAUGGUUCUUGUGUUGACUUUUUCAUUUUUUGUUUGAGAAUGUCUGAGUAAUUUACAGAUGUGAUUAAUUUGUUGCAUUUCUUCUGUCAAGUAUGUCUUUUUUCCAGCAUUUUGCAGGGGGGGGUGCUUUUGUUUUUGUUUGAAUUCCCAUCACAGUCUCCUCAGUGGCGUUUUCUCACUCCUUUUAUCCUUUUUCUUUGU